GAUCCGAAUCAUCGCGAGAUUUGCCGGCGAGAACUUGCUGUUUUCAACAUGGCUGGCAGCAAGUUGGUGCUAGAAGGGAGGAUAAGUAUUAUAAGCUUUAUUUCGGGGUUGGGCGUCAUCAUAAUACCGUUACUCGUAAAAUUCGGCUCUCACAUUGACUGGAUAUUUGAUUACCUGACGGAUGUAAACGGGAAAAUAGCCAUAGCGCUGUAUAUCACAGUAAUCAAUGGCUUCCUGCUAAUCAUAUACAAGGGACCUUUAUACAAGGUGGCUGUUAGGGCCUGUUUUCUUGGAUUUGCUUUUGGCUGUGGCCUCAUUUUAAGUUUGGCAGAAACAACAUGGACACACUUUGGCUGGUAUAUGUGCUCGCUGUCGUUUUUUCACUACUCUGAGUACUUGGUUACGGCCAUGAUCAACCCACGCAGUCUCUCCCUGGACUCUUUCUUGCUCAACCAUAGUGUUGAGUAUACAGCAGCAGCCAUUUUCUCCUGGGUGGAGUUCACUGUGGAAAAGCUCAUGGUGCCAGAGAUGAAGCAGAUAAACUGGCUCUGUGUGGUGGGACUGCUGAUGGUGCUUUGUGGGGACAGCCUACGCAAGGCGGCCAUGUUGACAGCAGGCUCGAACUUCAACCACAUAGUGCAGAACGAGAAGGCCCAGAGUCACGUACUGGUCACCAGUGGAGUUUACGCUUUCUUUAGGCAUCCUUCGUACGUGGGCUGGUUCUACUGGAGCAUUGGCACUCAGAUAAUGUUGUGCAACCCAAUAUGUAUAUUGGGAUAUACAGUCGCCAGCUGGCGGUUCUUUCGAGAGCGUAUUGAGGAAGAGGAGAUCUUUCUCAUCCAUUUCUUUGGAGAGGACUACGUUGAAUACAAGAAAAAGGUCUUCACCGGCUUGCCCUUCAUCUCAGGGAUCAGGAUGAAUUCUUAAGCCUGUGCUGCAUUUAAGGGAGGAAAAAGCCUGACGGCGCACACCUGGACAUCUCUGACUGGCACUCCAAGUGAGCUAGUUGCCUGGUGGCAUCAUGGCGCCCCCAACGGGGGGCAGCACAGACAAAUGAGGUGGCAGCACUGUAAAACUGAUCCGUGCUGAGACACACUGAUCUGGUCUGUGCAGGGUGGACCUUCCACCCAAAACACUAUCAGAGAUGCACACGCGCACCACAUUUUUCAACAUCAUCUGUCUUUUCUGCUACACUCCAUAGUAUUUCCCUUCCUAUAUGUGUAACUGUCUUGUCAUGUAUCCUCAUAUUUACAGCCGUUAUCAUUGGCAUAAUUAAUAAAUUCAUAUGCAUUUUGCACAUUAGGUAAUUUCAUACGGUGGCCCUUAGGUUUUAUUCCAAGUUUUUCAGUAGAUUUUUAAAUGUGCGACUUUUUUAUUGAGAGAGGCGUUCAAUUGGACCUGCUUUAUAUACUGAAUUGGCUCUUAUGUACAGAUGAGUUUAUAAUGUGUCAGAAACCGUUAAAAGUGUUUGCCCAUAACUUUAAUGCUGCCAGUCAUUAUACAAAAAUUUUAAAUGCUGAUUUCUGACAAUCUCAAUAUUUGUGAUUUGUUAAUGCUCUUGGAUAGUUGUAAAUAUUAUGAUUAGAGAAAAUAAACUUAUCUGAUAAAUUACAA